UUGUUUUUUACACUCACACAGCCAACUUAAGUCUCAUCAAGAUCAUAGGCACACAAACAAGGACAUUGAAGAUCUCAGAUGAUCUGAUUCUUCGAUAAACCUAAUUUUGUAUUAAGUCAUAUGACUUAAUUUAUAGCUAUUGCUAUGGAGGAAAAAAGAACUGUGACUUUCCGAGAUGUUGCCGAGAGUUAUUUCUCACAGACAAGGGUGGACUGUCGCUACACUAUAAGCAAACAACACAGCUGGAGCAGUCAUGACUGGAUAGGGCUUUUUAAGGUGGGAUGGCUGACAGUGAAAGAGUACUACACUUUUGCCUGGGCUCUAGCACCAGAAGGGUACCAAACAGGAACAGAUGCAAACUGUAGUGUGGCCUUUCACUCAUCCUAUCUACCAAUACCUGGUGGGGAGGCAUAUCAGUUUGUGUAUGUGGAUGAACGUGACGAGAUAUGUGCGGUCAGUUCUCAGUUCACCUUCUGUUCUCCAAGACCUUUGGAUGAACUUGUUACACUAGAGCAGGAGAAAAAUGGUGGGGAAGAGGAGGAGGGAGAUGACCUGCUGGUGGUGGUGCCAAAGGCUCUGAUCCUGCAGAAUCUCUUGGAAGGAUGCCAGCGUGAGUUACAUGAGCUACGUAAGAGGUUCGAGACUGCUGAUGCUGAGGUUGAGAGAGAAAGGGAGAGAUGGAAAACUGAAAGAGAUGAGUCUGAAAGAGUACAAAAUGAGAUGAGGAGUCAGACUGACGAGCUAAAAUGCAACCUGAGGCAAAGCCAUGAAAAAAUUGAGGAACUCAAGCAAAAACAAAAGGAUGUGCAAAGCACUCAUGGAGACAUGGCUGCUGAACUUAAUGGGCUGCUAGCAGAGAGAGAUGAAAACCAUCAGCGAAUCAAAGAACUCAAACAGGAUGCUGCCACUCUGACUCAACAAAAACUGGACAUAGAGGCCGAACUGGACAGAAUGAAGGAAAGAGUUAAAAAGAUGACCAUACAGAGGCGAGAUGAAGAAAAGGAGAGGAGAGAUUUGCAGAUAGAGAAUGAGCAGGCACAUGCUGAGCUGCGGACCCUGCAAGAGCGUCUGGAGGCCAGUGAGCGUAGCACUGAGGCCCUCCGCAGGGACCUGAGUGAACUGGGCUCCUUGCAGAGUCACAGUCAUGCAGAGCUGCAUCAGGUCAGACUGCAGACUGCACAGAUGAGUUUACAACUAUCCCAGGCUAACCUGGCACUGCGUGAGGGGCAAGCCACUUGGGCCCAGGAGAGGGAAACUUUAAGGCAAAGUGCAGAGUUGGAUAAGGAUCGUAUUCUCAAACUGAGUCGUGAGCUUCAGAAGAAGGAAGAGUGGCUUCAGGAGGAGAGAACAGAGCGAGAAAAGCUGGAAGUGGAGCUGGGGAACGAGAAGGAUUGUAACCGAGAACUGAGAGCCAGUCUGAGAGCCCUGCAGAAGGAACAAGAGCAGCAUCAGCUGGAGAAACAGGAGCUCUUAGAUCAUAUCCAUGUGCUGGAGCUGAGACUAGACACAGAGACAGAUGCUAAGUGGGCUGAGGCAGUGGCAUCUCCAACAUCUAGCAUUGAUAGUCCUCCAUCAGUUGAAGAAAAGCCACUGCAAGAGUCUUUAUCCGAGUUGUCUGUGAGUAUGGUAGACAGCGAAUACCUCAGCUCUCAAGGGUCAACAGAGCAAAGCCAAAAGGAUAAUGAGACUGAUAUGAUGAGGUCUUGCUGAUGCCCCUGUGUGGUAAACAAGAGGUGGAAACGAAAAGAACCUGUGUGCAGCUUGUUUACAUUAGAGCAUGUUCAUGUGCUCCUGAUCAGUGUGAAGUAACAAAACAAUUUUCCAGGCUGACUUAUUUUAUAGCCAGUAUGUAAUCUAAGAGAUGCUGUAUGUGAGUGUGGUGGUACAGUAAGUGUUGGUGUUCCAAUAGUGUAAUGUGUUUGCAUCAGGAUGUUUCCCUUAAGAAUAAGGUGAUAUUCAGUAAACUUAGGUAUAUUUUCUAGAUUUUCCAUUUGUAGAAAAAAAGGUAUUAAUGUUAUCUUGCAUUUAGAUUCAGAAUAAUGGAAGUGGAUUGCAAUGUUUUAGAGUAGCAGAGUCAAAGGGGCAGCAAUUUUAAACUGAGGAGAUUAUUUCAUUUUUCUGUUCUUAGUUCACAAUGCUGUUAUGUUAUCCAUCAUUGAUCUGAACUAUAUGUAAAAAAAUAAAUAAAUAAAUAAAUAAAUAAAUAAAUGUUAUUUUCCAAGAAACAGUUACAGUUUGAAUGGGUAGAUUUUAAAAAUAAAAUAAAAUACAAAGGC